ACCAUGGCCAAGCCAGCCUCGAGUGCCCACGCCUCCAACAACAACAGUUGCGAGGCGGUCAACAACAACAACAACCACAACCACACCCAAGCCCACAACCAUGGUGACGGGGGCCCUCACAACGGCGGGAGCGCCUACCAGCCGCUGGCCCUGACCCCGGCGCCCGCAAACACACCCCUCAACAAGGCCAUCAAGCACGACCUCUUCCCGGAGGUCACCUUCUGCAAUCUGUCCGUGGAGGAGCUGGCCGACGAGGCCGGGCACAGCCGGGUGGUGCGGAGCAGCAUCAUCGCCAUGGACGGCGACGGAACGCUCACCUGCCUGAUGAACGGCAGCGGGCAGGUGAAGAAGCGCAAGCGGCUGAUCUCGAACGAGUCCGGGGACUCCAUCGACUCCAGCUCCACGGAGAAGAAGACGCCCAAGAUGCCCGACGGCGGCUACGGGUGGGUGGUGGUGUUCGCCUCGCUGGUGGUGUCGCUCAUCGCCGACGGGCUGAGCUUCUCGUUCGGCCUGAUCAACGUCCAGCUGCUGGAGUACUUCGGGGAGUCCACCACGAAGACCGCCUGGAUCUCGUCGCUGUUCUUCUCCGUGCCCCUCCUGAUGGGCCCCAUCUGGUCCAACCUGGUGGACAAGUACGGCUGCCGGAAAAUGACCAUUAUCGGCGGCGUGGUCUCCGCCUUCGGGUUCGCCCUCUCUUCCUUCUGCAACUCCAUCGAGAUGCUCAUGGUGACGUUCGGAAUCAUCUCAGGCCUGGGCCUGGGCAUCGGCUACGUGACCGCUGUGGUCUCCAUCGCCUUCUGGUUCGACAAGAAGCGCACCUUCGCCACCGGCAUCGGGGCCUCGGGUACGGGCAUUGGCACCUUCGUGUACGCCCGGCUAACCUCCUACCUGAUCGAGUCCUACGGCUGGCGGGGAGCCACUCUCAUCCUGGGCGGCACCAUGCUGAACGCCUGCGUGUGCGGCGCCCUGAUGCGCGACCCCGACUGGCUGAUCGAGGAGAACCGGCUGGAGAGCCGAUCGCAGAGCGUCACCACCUUCUCCAACUCGAGCGUCUGCCUGGAGGAGAUCAAAAAGCUGUUGGACACUGGCAUCACCAAGGAGGCCGUGCUGGACUCGCUGGUGACGAAGAACAACACCGAGGCCAACCAGCAGAUCGACGACCCCCUGGACUCGGGCCUCAAGCGCUACCGGAGCGAGAUCUUCCUCCCCACCUUCCUGAGCACCCACGAACUGGACAGCAUCUGCGAGGUGAAGAGCCUGAGCCGGCGCUCCCUGCGGCACAAGGACGGCGCCGAGGCACCCUCGCGCGAGAACCUCCUGUCCAUGUCUUCGGGGGCGGGCGCCUAUCCCGCGUCCACUGCCGUUAUCGGCUCGCCAGACGACACCCUGAUGGGCGGAAUAGCCCAGGAAGCCGCCGACGCCGCCAAAAAGUCCUACCUGGCUUCCAUUGAGACGCUGUCGCCGUCGGAGAAGCGCUCCGGCGGUGCAGGCACUCCCCUUGGAUCCCUGCGCUCCUCGGACGAGGGCUACCUCACCCAGAAGCACGCCAGCUCCCGGUUCUCGCUGAACGAAAAUCUCUUCAUGGCCAAGCACGCCACGCCCUCGAUCUGCAACCUGAAAGUGAACGGCCUGCGCCACAACUCGGUGGACAUCCUCAGCGAGGACAUGCACUGCUACUACUCGAAGGACGAGACCUUCGCCUUGCUGGACCCGGAAGGCAGGCGGACCGGACCCACUGUCAUCGCCAUCCCGGAGCAGGAGCUGGAGCCGCCGGUCAACAGCGAGCUGGCUCUGCGACGUGCUCGACUGGACAGCAUCACCGGCAUCCGCCGCCUGUCGCGCUCCAAGAAGCCCAGCAACCACCGCUCCAAUCUGCGGCGCAACAUUUCGAUCCGCAACUCGAACUUCCUGAAGGACAUGCGCAUCCACCGCAACUCGAUCCACUACCGCGGGGCCAUGCUGAACACGCACCGCUACCGGCUGCGGGCCUCCUCCUGCCCCAACAUCUACCGCAACUCCAUGACCACCAUCGCCAAGGAGGAGGAAGAUACAUGGUAUGACAACUUCGUAGACACCAUGAAGUCUAUCUUUGACUUUUCCCUUUUCCUGGACGCCAAGUUCGCGCUCUUCAAUCUCUCCACGCUGUUUCUCUUCAUUUGGUUCAUCAUACCCUAUCUGUACCUUCCCGAGUUUAUGAGGCAGUACAACUACGAUGUGAGCGUGAGUGCCGUCCUGAUAUCGGCCGUGGGCAUUGCCCAAACGGUGGGCAUGAUCGGACUGGGCUAUCUGGGCGACCUCCCCUGGAUGAACAUCAACAUAUGCUACUCCCUCUGCAUGUUGGUUUGCGGAGCCUCGGUGUUCUUCAUGCCCAUGCUGAUUCAGAGCUACAACGGACUGAUGUGCAUGUGCGUCAUCUUCGGCUUCACGUUCGCCAGCUCCUUUUCGUUCACCCCCAGCAUCCUGGUCAGCAUCGUCGACCUGGACGACUUCACGUGUGCCUACGGCCUGGUACUCCUGGUGCAGGGAGUGGGCAUGAUUGCGGGCCCGCCCAUUGCGGGCGUCAUUUACGAGACCAUAAACAGGUGGGACGACGUCUUCUACUAUGCGGGCAUAUUUAUAGCACUCUCCGGCGUGUGCUCGUACAUGAUCGAGUUCUGCGAGAAGAAAGCACCUAGGGAGAGUGAUAGUGAUGUCUCAGAGACUAAAAAAGCUCAACUUUUACACUAGGUUACAGAGUUACUUAGUACACUAUACGGUUGCCGGAGGCCUGGAGGCCGGGGCACCACACACUUGACUUGUAGCUUAAUAGUGGACUAGCAUUAAAUGUUACCGAGUUUCUUAUGUCAAAUGGUGUUGCAGCCAUAAAAUCAGAGCAGAAUCGUAACUGAUACUAAGCCUAUCUCCUAAGACCGCCUAGACCUAAGCCUAUACUUAUACUCUACGAGGUAUUCGUAGACUGUAGCUAAGUUUCUACACAUAUACAUACUAGUAUAGUGAAUAGUUACCGCACUAGGGCAAUUACUAAUCGCAUCUUGUAGUCACACGUAGCAAACUGUUCAAUUUCAAUCAAUAUCAAUGCAGUGCAUCACUGCCAGGUGCAAACGGGUCCCCUCAAUUGUCUUCUUUACAAAUCGAGAACUUAGAAGAAUAGUUUAAUUGCCUUACAUAUUUCGUACGAAUAUUGACUAAAGUAAUACAAUAAACAAUCUAAGCAACGUAUGCAAUAACAAGCGACAAUUUUCAAUCGCCCUUACAAUACUUACAAUAAAGUCUUUGGCGCAUUUCUUUUUUAAGGAUCAAGAUCCGAAUAGUUUCCAAAUUACGCAAUCAAUUGAUCCACUACAGAUAGAUAUGCAUAGAUAACAAGUGUUUUGAAAAUAACCCGUUCUUGCGAUUUGGCACAAAUUUGUUAAAAUAAAUCACCAAACCGAAGAGACCACAAGGCUCUCAAAUAUUCAAUCGAUAUGAAGUGUAUCAAGUUCAAGUAUUAUCACAGAAAAUACAUAAACCUUUAUGAAUACCGAAUUAAAACUCGCCAAGAAGCACACAGACAUCAUAUUAGAGUAUGGUUAGCCACAAAAGCCUUUAAAUCGUAAGCACAUUUCACUUUUGGGAGCUAUUUGUGAAGCCCCACUCGUAGCCAGAUUUACACACAGAGUAGCUGUUGGUUCUUAACACAUUAGGAUUAUGUACAUAAGCGAUAUAAGAAACUGAAACACAAUACUAUAUUAUUUACAAGACAUCUAUUGAACAAUUAUCUACUGAAAUAUAUAAUGAAAUAAUAAAUUUUUUGAAAUUAAAGCAUAUUCAAGUA